CAGCAGCUCCACCGAAGCAAACAAAGGAGGAUGCCGAUCUGCAUGCGGCAGCCAAAUCCCGUUAAAAUGAUGUUAUUGUGUUCCAUAGCGUCGAAAUAGCACGCAACCAUGUAAUAACUGUGCAUUAUCAUAUGGAUAAAUGAAGUGGCGCAGGAUCUGCUGGAGGACGCGGGGGGAGAGAAAGAAUGUACUGGGUUGCUGGUUUCGCCUCCUCCCGGUCGCUCGUGAUUGAUCUCGGCCGAAAUCAGAGCCCGUCCUUCGGCUUAUGUGGCUCUGAUGAACAGCACUUAUUUUAUGGGUAUGUAGUAGCCGUUCCGCUGCAGGAUUUCGGUGGGAUCAUGUCGGGAUUGGUGUCGGAUUCCUGGUGGAAGAAGACCCUGUAUAUCACCGGCGGAGCGCUGCUGGCUGCCGCGGCAUAUCUGCUACACGAGCUCCUUUCCAUCAGGAAAGAGGAACAGCUGGAUUCUAAAGAUGCCAUCAUCCUCCACCAGUUCUCCAGGCCAAAGAACGGAGUGCCAAGCCUGUCACCUUUUUGCCUGAAAAUGGAAACCUAUUUGCGCAUGGUUGAUCUGCCCUAUCAGAACUACUUUGAUGGAAGUCUUUCUGCUCAGGGCAAGAUGCCGUGGAUUGAGUAUAACUAUGAGCAGGUGUGUGGAACUGAAUUUAUUAUUGAUUUCCUCGAGGAUAAACUCGGUAUGAGUUUAAACAAGAGUCUGAGCCCUCAGGAACAGGCAGUAGCUCGGGCCAUCACCACAAUGGUGGAGGAACAUUUGUACUGGACCAUGGCAUAUUGUCAAUGGGUGGAUAAUGUUCAUGAAACUCAGGAGAUGCUGGACUUUCCUGGACCCCUCAGUGAUCUGCUCAAAUGGAUUAUGUGCCACCUGACAGGUGGAAUAGUGAAGAGGGAGAUGUAUUGUCACGGUAUUGGCUGCUUCACUAAAGAGGAGGUUUACACCCUCAUGGAGAAAGACAUGCGCACACUGGCCACGCUGUUAGGCGAUAAGAAGUACAUCAUGGGUCCCAAGCUGUCCAGUGUGGAUGCUACAGUGUUUGGUCACCUUGCACAAGCCAUGUGGACGCUGCCCGGCACACGGCCUGAACAGCUUAUUAAAGGAGAACUGAUCAACUUGGCCAUGUACUGUGAGCGCAUACGAAGAAAGUUCUGGCCUGAAUGGUUUGUGGACUUAGAAGACUUCUGUUAUGACAGCGAUAGUGACACCACCAGCGGGACGCCCAGCUGCCAGCUAGACCUUGGCCUCUUUUCUAGGACAGACACUUUUGAAGAAAGUGAACUAAGCGCUCUGUCACAUGCUGACACACACUCGCAAGCCUCGGAGCACUCCGGACGCUCCCUCUCUGACUCUGAUAUUGAAGUAGAUGGUUCAGAUGUUGAGCAGCAGGUCAAGGGUUAAAUCAUAUGACAUCUGGCCUUUCUCAGACACCACUGGCUAUAUUUAAGGGAUGAACAUUUGUUAUAAUGGGUCACAUUUUGGUCCACAAUUUUCAGUCUUCGAUGGAGUACAGAGCAUAAUGUGUGAGAUAAUAGGAGCUUACAUCACAGAAGUUGGACACUCAGUUAAGCUCCCUUGGUGAGACAUCUUGGAAUGGUCGCAAUAUGUGAGUCACAGAAAAAAACCUCUCAGUUCCACUUAGAAAUCUUGGCUGUUUCAAUCUGGCUUCAGUUUUUUAAGAACACCAACUUCUCUGUUAUUUGACCAGUUAAGUUUGGUGCAGUUCAGGUAGAGCCAGGAGAGGUGUACAUUGUUGUAACCCAGUGUUUUACUGCUAUAAUGCUGUAUAGCCUGAAGUGCAGCAACACCAUUGUUACAAACAGCAUCCCUAACUUUAAAUACUGUCGUAAAAGAGUUAUUGCUUAUUUGUUUGCUUAGCUCUUUCAAAUAAUAUUUUUUAUUGACAUUUAGAACAGAAUUAUGGCCGAAACAUAUUAGCUUGCUUGAUCCGGGAUGUUUGUGUAAAGUUGACAAUUAGAAUUUGAUUUGCUUUGUGCCAACGGAAACUAAAGUUGUGCCCUCGCUUUUUUAACCCUGAUCAUCGCUUCCAGAUCAGCCCAAAAAUAUAUGAUGGGAUUCAUAAGAAAUUACUAAAUGAAUUUAUUAAACAAUUACCGUGCAAAAAUGAAUUUCUUACUUGGGUCAUUUUGCUCAAGAAAAUGCAUUUUAAAUGUAAGAAUUUUUCGGUUAUUUUAUUUUGAGAUGAAAACAAGACAAAAAUACUAAGAAAAUAAGUCUAAAUUUUAGACAAAAUAAAUACAAUUUAAGUGAAUUUUUGCUUAAACAAAUCUGCCAAUAGGGUAAGAAAAAAAUUCUUGAGUUAAUUUAAGAAAAAAGCUAACUUA